AUGACCAUCAGCUCAGUAGUGGAAGACCCUCUCGCCCUUCUACCCCCCGAGAUCGUUCUGCGCAUUCUGGACUUCGCCCCGGUCUCGGCACUCGCGUCCCUCACAGCUUGUUCCUCCGCCUGGCACGAAUUUAUUGAUGUAACCCAUCAAGAAGCCAUUUAUAGCUCCGAAUCCAAGACCCUCCAUCCACCCGGCACAACGCGUGAUCUUUCAUUCUUGUCAUCCGCGGGAAGCUUUUCUAAAUCAUUCGAGGGAACCACAUCAUGGAAGGAUUUAUGCAAGCGCCAGACGCUUCUCGCCUGCAACUGGGCCGAUUCCUCUCCCAUCACCCAAGAGUCUGUGCUGCAGGUCGGCAAUGAUCCGAUUUGGCGCUUUCGUCCCGAUUUCAAACGUCGGUUUUUCGUCUCCACCUCCCAUGCUGGUGGUUUGAAUGUCACGGAUAUGGAUAGCGGUUGUAUCUUAUGGCGCCUGCCCUCUUCAGAAACCCAGCACGAGAAAUCCGUCCGCCCGUACGCUCAUCUUGAGUACCAGGAUGGAAUGGCCGUUUUCGAUCGAGAGGGCGAUGCUGUUGAGGUCUGGCAGGCUGAUAUCGAUGGGGCACCACGUGGGGAGUUCCGACGCAUCGCGAUCUUGAAUCAUGACUGCCAGACUAGAGGCUUCCAGUUAUCAUAUGAUACGCUCUGCGUCGUCUCAAAUGAAGGGCAAGGCUUUGUCUAUGACAUGAAGCAGCGACCUCCUCAGUUGACCACGCACAUGAAGAUCGAACGUAACGCCAUUGGUCACUUAGAUCAAAGUGAAGAUGUGGUCAUCUACUCCGUGGGAGAACAGGGCUAUCAUAUCUACGAGAAGGCGUCUGGUAAAUAUUUGGGUGCCUUGCAUCCAUCGCACGGUCCAAACAGAUAUCAUAUUCGCUCACCUCCCGCGAGUUCCCGUUCCGCAAGUGCGGCAUUGGCGGGAGCUGCCCGACACGGUCCAACCCACCGUAUCUUGCCUUCCGGACCACCUCGCAAAGAUUGUCUGACGCCACUCGAGAUCAAAAAGGGGCAUCUUUCCCCGCCACCGAGUGACCCGGACCACGUUUGGCAUGGACCAGAUGAGUGGGGAGCGGGCAUGCUGGACGGCGAUCUCUUUGUUGGCUUUUCUCGAGCUGGUCGCGUAUUUAUUUGCUCUGACUGGCGAAAGGCAAUCCAGGAUGAAGAUUCAUUCAUCGAGAACACCUCCACUAUUGAAUGUGAAUCAGACGGUUCUAGCUUUGAUUUAGGUGGCUGGUUAUCCGUGCGCAAUCACCGUGUCAUGUUCGAAAUCCAGGACCGGGUAUACGUUGUGGCACUUGACGAUCGCAACAAGAUUCCCACGGAAAACCCGCCUUCACGCGCCUCGUACGCCUUACUCACCAGCUCCGCGCCUCAGCUUGCUGUACCUGUCAGCUUUAUGACACUGUGCGAUGAUGCUAUCAUGACCACUUACACGACCCUUGGCUGGCGUCAGACCAUCUCCGACAUCCCUGGUCAGGCUACCCAGCAACAACAUGAAAACCCCGCUCGCAUCUUCCCAACCAAAGCUAUCCGGAUUGUCAGCCUAAGCCCCAACAUCUCCAGCAAUCCUACCUCUCCGUCAAACACCUCGCCUGAACGACCAACAGGUAUUGGCAAUGAAACAGACACACAUCCGCAUCCUGAUGACCUUUGGCGCUCCCAAGCUGGCCUGUUAGAAUUGAUCCAUAUGCUACGGGAUGAGUUCGAGGAUGAUGAUGACGAGCCGGAUCCUGCACUGGCAGCUGCACUAGCCAGAGACCAGGUCGAUGCAGAAUGGGAGGAUGUUGAUGAAGACUUCGAUGAUGCAGAAGAUGAUUAA